AUGCAGAUAUUCGUCAAAACUUUGUCCGGCAAAACCAUUACAGUCGAGGCUGGUUUUUCCGACUCCAUCGAUUAUGUCAAGGAUAAGAUUCACCUCAAGGAAGGAAUUCCACCAAAUCAACAACGUUUGAUUUUCGCCGGAAAGCAACUCGAAGAUGGACACACUCUCUCUGACUAUAACAUUGUCAAAGAGUCUACUUUGCAUUUGGUUUUGAGGCUUAGGGGUGGUGGCACUGCCAAGUUUGCACCGUCUCUCUUGGCAUUGGCUCUGAANUGCACCCUCGGGCUACCAACUUUGAGGCCGAAAUCAUUAUUGUACAAGCAUUGGAAGUAUAUUCCGUGA